AUGAGCUGUAGUGGGGCUAAAGGGCUUUCGUUAUUGUUUGUUUCUAAAGAAUUAGUAUUGCAGACCAGUGAUCCAGUUUUUGUCGCCCCACCCCCUCCACACGAAGAUCCUGUCAUGAGCAAACCAAGAGCUCGUUUAUGCAAAUUGGAAAAGUCCUCACAAGGAGAGGAGUUCGGUUUCAACUUGCACGCUGAAAAAGGCCGUGGCCACUUCAUUGGUACAGUAGACCAAGGCGGCAUCGGAGACCGUGCUGGUCUUCGAAUGGGCCAGCGUAUUGUUGGAGUGAAUGGCAUGUUGGUCUAUCCGAACACACCUCAUAAGGAAGUUGUUGCACAAAUAAAACGUUCACCUUUACGUACGACACUAUUGGUCGCAUCAGAAGAUGUGGAUAGAUGGUACAAAGAACAUAAUGAAGAGUUUUCGUUUGACUAUGUCGAAGAAGAUACACCAGCUCAACAUCAACAACUCAGCCCACACAGCAUACAGAUAAGUGACGACGAGGAGUUUCACCAGCAUCGACCCAAAGCACAGCCUCAGUCAGACAAAGAAGCUGAUCAUAUGGAGCAAAUUGAAGUAGAAGAAGUGCACGAAGUGGCUUCGGAACACGAGAGCACCCACCACGAGAAAACCGAAGUGGUUCAGCACGAGAGUCAACCGGCCGCCGAGGAUGAACCCGUCGUCCCUGCAGAGGUUGAAGGUGAUCUGCUUGAGGCCGUGUUCUCAGCAUUUCCAGCAGAGACACCGGAUGAAACCAAAGUGGUCUCAGCAGAGCCGGAAAUUCUGACGAAAACCAACGAGUUGCCACUCGUCCAGAUCACCAACGCUCGUCCACCAUCUCGCACUAACUCCACGAAUUCGUCACACGAAAGCGCCGUCGAUGUGCAGCCGCAUUAUGUUCCGACAUACCAGUCCAAGCGUCAAAAUCAGCCUCAGGUUUCUCCGCCAAGCAAUGGAAGCAGUCUGAAUGGAUAUCAAACAUCUACUAAUAGCGUGUCUCCAGUAGCGGACAAAUUAGACAUUUUCUGUCUUUCGGCACAAGAAGCUCGUGAGAGACUGCGUCAGAACAAGAAGAACAUCCAUCGCGGCUUCGACAUGUCGCUAGAGGAGAAGUACAGGCUUGUAAGCAACAUGUGA